AUGGAACCGGAGCCGUCCCUUGCCGCUCUUCUCAAGGCUAUCACAGCCCUCACAGCCACAGUUGGGUCCUUGCAGGACCAAAUCAAAUCCCAAGGAGAGCAAAUCACACAGCUCACCGCCAUAUGCAAGGAAACCAACAACCUUGUUGGUGACAAGGACCAGGGUGGAGCCCAAACCAAGCCUGGCCCAUUGACUGGGCCUGUCACCCCUCCUACCCACUCAGGAGGGGAAACCCACACUCCAGGCAUGGUUAGGCCUGGGCUCAAAGCCCCCUUCCGCCCCUCAACACUGUACAAGGUUAUAAUGCUGAAAAUCAGUGCUCUGAUUCAUGCUGAGGGAGGCAUACGAACAUUGAUCUUAUCACACCACAGUGCAAGAGGAACAGGGUUUGACUCUGAGGAAGAAGAAGAGCCAAGGCAACCCAAAAAAGAGCCUCAGGGAAUGCCUAGGCGGUCACUCAGCUCCCUUACCCCCUUUGACGCAGGAAGCGGCGUGAAAAGGCCCAAAAUGGAUCUCCCUGACCCUUAUAAAGGAGACACCAGGGGACGCAAGGCCACACAAUGGCUGGACCACAUGCUGCUUUGGGUAGCCCUACACAGGGAUCAAUUUGACAAAGAGGAGCAGAUGGUUGUGUGGAUACUUUACCACAUGACAGACAAAGCAGCCAAUUGGGCGCUCCCCCUCAUAGGGGCCAUUAUCAAGGGCAAGGGGAACCCUCCCACUACUAUCCCGGCCUUAACGGCCAAAUUCAAAGAGGCGUUUGCCGACCCCAAUGCUAAACGGGCAGCCGCCAGAAAGAUUGCUGCGCUGACUCAGACAACCACCACGUCUGAGUACGUUACCAAAUUCCGCAACCUCAUGGCGGAACUUGACUGGAACACUGAGGCGUACAUUGCCCAGUUUACGCGUGGCCUUCACUGGAAGGUAAAGGAACUCUUGUCCACUAAAGACAAUAUUCCCAACAAUGACCUUGAGGCCAUAUUUGCCGCCUUGGUCAAAAUUGACAACACUCGUUGGGAAAAUGAGGAGAACCGCCCAAAGAAGGCACCCGCCAAGUCCCUGGCCACCGUGGCCACUUCCACUACCACCACUAGGGUCCGCCUAUCCAAGGACCCCAACUACGUCACCCCAGAAGAAAGGGACCGCUGCCGUGCAUUGGGGCUAUGUGUCAAGUGCGGACAGAAGGGACACGGGAUCAAGCAGUGCCCCAAUGGCUGGAAAGCCACAAUCAAGGAGGCCGCCAAGAUAGGAGAAGUUGUGGAAUCAGAAAAAGAGUAA